UGACCCCCAGCCCUCCUCCCUCAGACCAGGAAUCUGGGGGGCCCCUGCCCCUCCUCCCUCAGACCAGGGCGUCCAUCCAGGCCCCUCCUCCUCUGGCACCUGUUUCUGUCCAGUGCCCCUGAGGCGCUCAGCCGCGUGGGUCCGCAGCAAGCCCUGCCAUGAGUGACCGAAACAGCCGGCGGAGGACAAUGAAGAAGGACGAUGAGACCCUCGAGGUCUCCAUCCCCUUCGACCAGACGCCCCACCUAGACCCUCAGAUCUUUUACAGUCUGAGCCCGUCUCGGGAGAACUUUGAGGAGGCCCCCGAGGCGGCUUCCCCAGCCCUGGCCCUGAUGAAUGGAGUCAAGGCUCAGCUGCACAUGGCCCUGGAGAGGAACUCGUGGCUGCAGAAGCGCAUUGAGGACCUGGAGGAGGAGAGGGACUUCCUGAGGUGCCAGCUGGACAAGUUCAUCUCCUCCGCUCGACUGGAUGCAGAGGACCACUGCCGUGUGAAGCCUGGGCCCCGCAGGGGUGAGGGGGACAGCAGGGGCGGGGCAGGGGCUGAGGCCUCAGACCCUGGGUCACCUGCCUCCUCGCUCACCGGAGGGUCUGAGGAAGGCAGCUCUGGGGAGAGGAAGAGGCAGAAGCAGAAGGGGAGUGCCGGCCGGAGGCGUUUCGGGAAGCCCAAAGCUCGGGAGAGGCAACGUGUGAAGGACGCAGAUGGCGUCCUGUGCCGCUACAAGAAGAUCCUGGGCACCUUCCAGAAGCUGAAGAGCAUGUCACGGGCCUUCGAACACCACCGCGUGGACCGCAACACGGUCGCGCUGACCACGCCCAUCGCCGAGCUGCUGAUUGUGGCACCCGAGAAGCUGGCUGAGGUGGGCGAGUUCGACCCCUCCAAGGAGCGCCUGCUCGAGUACUCGCGCCGUUGCUUCCUGGCCCUGGACGAGGAGACCCUCAAGAAGGUGCAGGCGCUCAAGAAGAGCAAGCUGCUGCUGCCCAUCACCUACCGCUUCAAGCGGUGAUGCCCCGCCGGAUGUGCUCGCUCCGCCCCUGACCCCGCCCCUCUCCUCUCCCAAGGUGGGGAGCCAAGUGCACCUGUGACACUGGCCCAGGCCCCUGGGAAUGCGCAUGCGUGAUUGACCCUUCCCAGCCCCUUCGGGCGUGUAUGUGCAAGGGGGGCCUUCCCGGGAGCACGUCUGCAUGUGCGGGUGUUUUCGUGGGGUCCUCGGUAGGGGGGUCGUGAGCCUUUCCUUCCUUCCUGCUGACGCCCACCCCAGGACCCCUGUAUAUAGAGCUGCUCCGUCCCCCCCCUUGCCUUCCACGUUCCUAGCGUCCCUUCUUCCCCUGGGUUGUGAGUUCUGCGGGGCAUCACUGAGGCUCGCAAGGGCUACUGCCCAGGCCCUUUCAGUACCCAUUUCUAAACCCAACCAAACUCUUCCUCCUGGGCCGUCCUGCCCACCUUCCCGGGGAGCUGGCUGCGUGCUGCCCGCUCUCGCUGGGCUGGAGGGACAGUGCAGACCCCAUGUCCACCCUCAGCCGCCAAGAGAAGCUGGCCUGGCCCGACCUCCCCGCUCCGGGAGCUUCUCAGCCUCGGGCUGCUGGAUCCCGCGAUCCCACGUGCAACAGAGAAUUAUGCAGAGAAUUUAAAUUAAAGAGAUGAGAAAAUUUGGAA